CAACCCACCGGCCUCUCCCCUAGUUGAAAAAACCGUCAAUAAAACCAAACAACACAAUGCCCCAAAUGACAAAGCUUCGCCUGCUACUCUCCUCCGCCCACAACCCCGCCUCUCUCCUCCUCCUCAGAAAACCCACCUCCGCCUCUUUCUCUCUCCUCUUCACACCCACCAAAACUCUCAGAACCAUCUCUCUCUUCAUCCCUUUCUCCUCCCUUUCCAAGAAAAACAGAACCCAUCUCUCCCGCUCUCUGACCCAGAGGAACCACAGUUCCUUGAGAGAGACUGGGAGGAGAGAGAAAGCGGCGCCGCCAAUGGAAGAGAUUGGGUCUGUUGGGUUUAACAAGAGACGGGCUGAGGGAAACGAUAAGAGUGAUAGGCCGAAAAAGAUCCUUCCUUUGAAGGACCGUAAACUCAAUCCUGCCAAUACAAUAUGCUACGUUCAGAUUAUGGGGACUGGAAUGGAUACUCAGGAUACAUCUCCAUCGGUCUUGCUUUUCUUUGACAAGCAAAGAUUUAUAUUUAACGCCGGAGAAGGGUUGCAGCGCUUCUGCAUAGAACACAAGAUUAAGUUGUCAAAGAUUGAUCACAUAUUUCUCUCUCGUGUGUGUUCGGAAACAGCAGGGGGUCUUCCAGGUCUUUUCUUGACAUUGGCUGCAAUAGGAGAUGAAGGAAUGGCUGUCAACGUCUGGGGACCCUCAGAUCUCAAGUAUUUUGUUGAUGCAAUGGGAUCCUUCAUCCCAAAGGCUUGCAUGGUUCACACGCGUAGCUUUGGACCAUCAGCUGGUUCUGACGAGGGUGAUAUUUCUGGUUCAAGGAAGUUUAGUGACCCUAUUGUUCUCAUUGAUGAUGAAGUUGUCAAAAUAUCAGCUAUUCUUCUGCGACCAAGCUUAUCAAAAUUUGAUGCAGAAGAGGGAAGAAGUCAAUUUUCAGAACUUGUUGUAAAGCCUGGUGAUAUAUCAGUGGUAUAUGUUUGUGAAUUGCCUGAAAUAAUGGGAAAAUUCGAUCCCAAAAAGGCUGUUGCUCUUGGAUUGAAACCUGGGCCAAAAUAUCGUGAACUGCAGUUAGGGAAUUCUGUUAAGUCAGAUGGUCAAAAUAUCAUGGUUCAUCCAAGCGACGUAUUGGGUCCAUCUGUUCCAGGCCCUAUAGUGCUCAUUGUUGACUGCCCAACGUCAUCUCAUUUGCCAGAGUUGUUGUCUUUGCAUUCUCUUAGCAGUUAUUAUGGAGAUAUGUCGGGCAACCCACCAGAGACUUCCAAAGCUGUGAAUUGUAUCAUUCACCUUAGUCCUGCAGCUGUCACUAACACAAAGGAUUAUCAGAAGUGGAUGACAAAAUUUACUGGGGCCCAACAUAUCAUGGCUGGACAUGAAAUCAAGAAUGUAGAGAUUCCUAUUUUGAAAGGUAGUGCAAGGAUUGCAGCACGGCUUAAUUACCUGUGUCCUAUGUUCUUUCCAGCUCCUGGCUUUUGGUCUCUUCAGCACCUGAAUGGUUCAGCGCCAGGUUACAGGGCAUUGAGUGAGGUUCCGGUUUCAAAGCUUUGUGAAAGCAUCCCAGCUGAAAAUCUCCUAAAGUUCCAUUUGCGUCCUUAUGCUCAGCUUGGGUUAGACAGAUCUGGUGUUCCGACUAAUAAUUCUUCCUCAGAAAUCAUUGAGGAGUUACUUUCAGAGAUUCCAGAGAUUGUAGACGCUGCCCAACAAGUUAACCAGUGCUGUCAUACGACUCCUAUGCUAAAUAACAAUGUUAUCGAAGAGCCAUGGUUGAGUGAAAAUACCCUUCCUAGUUGUUUGGAAGAUAUUUCAAGAAAAGACAUGGAAAUUGUUCUUCUUGGGACGGGUUCGUCCCAACCUUCAAAGUACAGGAAUGUUAGUUCUAUCCUUAUCAACCUUUUCUCAAAAGGAAGCCUACUUUUCGACUGUGGUGAAGGAACCCUAGGUCAGCUAAAAAGAAGAUUUGGGGUUGACGGUGCUGAUGAUGCUGUGAGAGGUUUAAGGUGUAUUUGGAUAUCUCAUAUUCAUGCAGAUCACCAUACAGGUCUAGCAAGAAUACUUGCUUUGCGACGCGAUUUGUUGAAAGGAGUACCACAUCGACCGUUGCUUGUUAUUGCCCCUAGGCGACUUAAGAGAUAUCUAGAUGCAUACCAACUACUUGAAGAUCUAGAUUUUCAGUUCCUUGAUUGUCGGCACACCACUGAAUCUUCAUUGGAGGCUUUUGAAUCAGAUACAAGUGAGAUUUGUAUUGAGAAUAAUGCAAAUGGAGUUGGACUCAAGAAUCAAGUCGUUAAUUCUACCUUGUUUGCUAAAGGAGUACCUAUGCAGAGUCAUUGGAAUAGACCAGACAGUCCUGUUAACAACAGCGUGGUGAUUUCAAUCCUAAGAAACUUGAAGGAAGCGCUCAAAGAAGCAGGUUUAGAGGCUUUGAUUAGUUUUCCUGUGGUGCACUGUCCACAAGCAUUUGGUGUUGCCUUGAAAGCAGCAGAUCGGCUCAAUACUGCUGGGAAAGUGGUUCCAGGUUGGAAGAUUGUGUACUCUGGUGAUAGUAGGCCCUGUCCGGAACUAGUUAAGGCAUCUUAUGGAGCAACAGUUCUCAUACACGAGGCAACAUUUGAGGAUGGAAUGGUGGAUGAGGCUAUAGCAAGAAACCACAGCACAACGAAAGAAGCCAUUGAAGUUGGGGAUUCUGCUGGGGUUUACCGCAUCAUUCUUACCCACUUCAGCCAAAGAUACCCCAAAAUCCCAGUUUUCGACGAAACCCACAUGCAUAAAACUUGCAUCGCUUUCGAUUUAAUGAGCGUGAACUUGGCAGAUUUGCCAGUGCUUCCAAGAAUUCUACCCUACCUCAGAAUUCUUUUUAGAAAUGAGAUGAUUGUCGAUGAAUCUGAUGAUGUUGUAGAUGCUUCUGUGAGUGCAGCUAAUUAAAAUAAAUAUUUUUCUUCUUUAUGGUUCA